AUGCAACCCGCCCACUAUGACUUACUGGGUCAGGUGCACGAGGAGCCUCGUCCGCGGAUGACGCCAGACGUCCAGCAGAAUCCCCUCCCACCGUCACACUCUCCGUCCAGUCUUGCGCUCCCAAGAUCAGAAGAUUCUUGGAUCGAGGUCUCCUCUCAGCCAUCCACCUCCUCCUUGUCGUCCGCUGCGACCAAUGAUGAUAUUAUUACCACCGGCCUUCGCGUCGAACAAAACGGCUCCCGGCCAUAUCACCGCCGUAGUACACGACGUCGACUGCAGCAUCUGGCUGCCGUCACCACAGCUCAAGUUGACUAUUCGUCCCGCGAACAGAGCAGUAGCCAGGAUGAAUAUGAAGAAAGUGAGAGCGAGUCGGAUCGUAUCCUGAGCAGUUCGAAUGAGGACGUGGCCCAGCGGCCGCUUGGGGGUCCGCCCCUAGCUGGGAUGGUCCCGUCUGGGCCGCUGUCUGAUGCGAACCACUCGACCGAUGAGGAUGACAGCUCGACUGCCCUUGGGAUGCGCAUCAGCUCGUCCCCCCUUCGUUCCUCAGCCCAACGUGUUCUCCCAUCCUCCUGCGUCGCGGGAUCCGUCCUGGACGCGACCGCUCGAGAGACGUCGUUCCCAACCUAG